AAGAUGGGUUCAGAGAUGAAGAUACAAGUCAUUUACAAGGACACAAUUAGACCAUCAUUGCCAACUCCUCACCACCUUAGAAAUUUAAGCCUUUCUGUUUUCGAUCAGCUUUUUCCGGAUAUUUAUGUCCCACUACUUCUCUUUUAUCCCAACGACAAUAAUAAGUAUUUUGAGGGCAAACAUUCUUUGGUUGCCGAGAGAUCCAAGCUUCUAAAGAAAUCAUUAUCUGAAGCCCUCACUCGCUUCUAUCCAUAUGCCGGAAAUUUCCAGCACAACGCUUCAAUUUGUUGCAACGACCAUGGAGCUGCCUAUGUUGAAGCCCGAGUGAAUUGUCCCAUGUCGAAGGUAUUGAACAAGCCCGAACUUGUGAUCCUAAAACAAUUGCUUCCAACUGUUUUAGACUCCUCACAAGCAGAUACAGGCUAUCUUCUACUCGUGAAGGCCAACUUCUUUGAAUGUGGUGGACUUGCAAUUGGGGUUGGCAGCUCACAUAAGGUCGCCGAUGCUUAUACACUAAGCAAAUUCACUAGUUGCUGGGCAGCAAUUGCCCUUGGUUCCAUAAGGUUUGGUGCUGUCCUAGCACAACAUAUUACUGAUCACAUAGAGCUUCCUGAUAAAUUUGGUGUUGCAGCUUCUCUUUUCCCACAAGUAGAUUUCUUGAAUUCGCUUCAACCUGCCCUGGAAUUUCCCCAAGAGAAGUGUAUAACUAAGAGAUUUGUUUUUGAUGCCUCAAAGAUUGCCGCUCUUAAGUCCAAAGCUGGUAGUGCCACCGUGGAAAACCCAACUCGCGUUGAAGUGGUAUCAGCGUUGAUUUGGAAGUGUGCCAUGGAAGCAUCGAGAUCAAACUUGGGUGUUGUAAGGCCAUCUGAGUUGUCUCAAUUUGUGAACAUUCGGAAAAUAUUGGUGUCGCCUUUGGCAGAAAACUUGUUGGGGAAUCUUGUGGGGCUCUGUGUAGCAAAGACCGAAGCAAGUGAAGUAGACGACGUUCAAAGCUUGGUGACUAAAUUCAGGAAAGAGAUGGAGGAAUUUAAAGUAGGAUAUGGAAAAGGAAUUAGCGGGGAGGAAGCGUGUGAGUUCUACAAAGAGUAUGGACACCUUAUGAAAAGGGAUGUGGACAACUACAACUGCAUCAGUUGGUGCAGAUUUCCUUUUUAUGAAGCUGAUUUCGGAUGGGGAAAGCCGUUAUGGGUGCCUCACAUUGGAGGACUGAAGAAUCUAAUUCUAUUGAUGGACACAAGAGAUGGCGAAGGCAUAGAAGCAUCCUUGACUCUCAAGGAAGAAGAUAUGGCUAAAUUUGAAAGCAAUAAGGAGCUUCUUUCGUAUGCAUCUGUGAAUCCGCCUGUCAUUUAA